GCCGCGGGGCGGCCGAGGGGGCGGGGGUCCCUCCGGAGGGCGGCGUCCGCCGCGGGACUACGGCACCCACAGUGCCCGGCGGCGGGGCGGCUUCCGGGUGGCGGCGGGGCCGCGCCCGGUGCAUGGCGGUGGCGCGGAGGAUGGGGCCGGAGCGGGUGUGUCCCGAGGAGCCGGGGCCGCCGGAGGCCCCCGAGGGCGCGGCGGGAUGGAGCGGCGACGAGGAAGAUGAGGAGGAGGAGGAGGAGGAAGAGGAAGAAGAAGAAGAGGGGGCCGGCGGGUACCUGUACCAGCCGCUGAGCCAGGAGCCGGAGCAGGGCCCCGCCGAGCCGGGCCCUCCCGCAGGCGGCGCCGAGCCGGGCCCCGGCCUCCAGGAACGGCUGCAGAUGCUGAGGCUGCACCUGCCCGAGCCGCCCGCGGACAGCGAGGACGAGGAGGAGGAAGGCGCGGCGGCGCAGGGCGGCCGCGGCUCCAUCCCCAUGGACCCAGAGCACGUGGAGCUGGUGAAGAGGACGAUGGCGGGUGUGAAGCUGCCCACGCUGGGCAUCCCCGCCUGGGCCAGCCAGAUCUCGGACGAGCAGUGGCAGGCGGUGGUGCAGCGCGCGCUGCAGGCCCGGCACGGCGCGGGCAGCUCCGGGCCCGAGUGGAAGUGAAGCGGAGCGAAGGCUGAGCCCGGCCCCGCGGCUCAUCCUCCCUCCGUCCUCCUGCCCGCCGACGGCGCUCGCCGGCGCCCGCGCCCCCGUUCCGCCCGUUGACGCGGUCCGACCUCCCUCCCUCUCCCGCCCGGCUCUGGCCGCGCCGUCCCGGUGCUGCAGGAACCGCUUCUGACCCCGUGUGCGCGGGCAGGGCGCGUUGCGACCGGCUGUGCCCGGGUCGGCACGGGACAAACGCCGUCCCGGAGAGCCCCCCCCCCCCCACACACACAGUGCACGUCAGCCAGCGCAGGUCGAGCCCAACGUGUCUUUCCAAGAGAUCGGUUUUAUUUAGUACUGUACAUACAGGGACAUCUGUACAAAAUCCAACACUUUCAUACUAUGUAAUGCUCUACUGAAAAUAAAGUACACCAUAUGUACAUA